GGCGGCGGAGGAGAGGCUGGCGGCGGCCGGCGGGGAGCGCGAGCAGCUGCUGGCUCAGCAGAAGAAGCUGGAGGAGAAGGCGAAGCUGCUGACCGCCGAGCUCAAGCAGAGGAAGAAGGUCAUUCGCACCCAGCAGUCCUUGCUCGCGCCACAAAUCAUCAGCAGCCAGAAGUGUCCGCAGUGUGACAAAUCCUUCCUCAAUUCCUCCUUUCUCCAGAAUCACAUGCAGCGCCGCCACCCUGACGAGUAUGAGACCCAGAUGCGGUCAGACGGUGAGAAGAAGUCUCAGAUUGAAAGCCUCAAACUGGAGAUCAGCAGUCUGAAGGAGCAGAUUGUUCAGCAGCAACAUGACUUGCAAGCCAAAACAGCUCAGGAAAAAGAGCAGCAGUCCAUUCACAAAGACCUGCUGAGAGAAAUGGACCGCUUUAAGGCUGAGGAGAUGGCACGCAUGGACAGAAAGAUAGAAGACAGCAGGGACGGCAUACGCAGGGAGAUGGAAUUUCUUUACACCCGGAAUAUUCAGGCUCUUAAUGAAGUAAAUCAGAAUCAGACAGCCAAGCAUGAAAAAUCAGCCAGUCCUGUUCACUCCCAGCCAGAGAGAGAUCUGGACAACUACAAAGAGAUGCAGAUACAAGCCAUCCAAAAGCUGGAACACCAGAUGAGGAGACAGGAUAAAAAGUGGGAAUCCAGGCUGCAGGAAAUAAAGGCCCAACACGAGUCUGAAAAGAAUCAGUUACUGAACGAGCUGAGCAGAAUGCAGUCGUCUGUGUCCGACCAACAGGAGCACAGUCAGAGGCUGCAGCAGGACAUGGCGAGGAGGCUGCAGGAGAAGGAGCAGACCAUCAAGGCGCAGAGGGAGCAGAUAAGGAAUAUUUCCUCAAAUCCACCCACCAAAGUAGUGGAAGUGCCAGUCAUUGUCAGUGCACCUGCUCCGGAGCCUAAACCAAAGAGAGUUGUACUUGAGGAGACAGUCUGUGCUCCUAAGCUGGAUCCUAUACAGGAGCUGUCAGAAGAGGAGAAAGACUCGAACAGCUUCUCUGAGAGGAGGUCAGUGGAGAAGAAGCCCGAGCCUGUGCCAGAGAAGAAACAGAGGGCGACCUCCAGUGCUCUGAAAAGGAACUCCAGCAUCAAGAAAGAUAUGCGGCCAGAUAUUGAGCAGGCUGUUAUCAUGAAGCUGGAGAACCUGGGAGUCAAACCUGAUCAGACUGGUCUGAAGAACAAAGAGCUCACUUCCAUCCUGGCCAAGGUGCAUUCAAAGAGGGACAGCUUUGCAAAGGGGAAGCCCGACUACUGGCGCCAGCGGGAGGAGAUAGCCAGCACUGUGGAGCAGAAGCUGGGCGGUCAGAGGAGAGGCAGCGACCCUGCUCCUGAGUCACAGGCCAGAUCCCGACAAUCCGUUCAAGUGUUGCAGAUCCGGCCUCGAUCCAGCAGCCUGCCCUCCAGAGCAACACAGGUGAUGUCUGGACCUGGGGUCAAACAGCCAAAGACCCCGCAGCCGGCGCCAAGGACCAAGACCACCACCCAACCCAAGACAUCCACACCCAGCACCAGGACCGCUCUGAGGAACCUCACAUCCAAGACCCCCCCUUUCAGUUCAGACGAGGACUCUGAAGAAGAGGACACAGAUACGGAGGAGGAACAGCCCCAAAAACACCAGAGGGGCAAAUCACCUCAGUCACGACUAAACCAGGCGACUCCCAUCCAAAUCAAAGCGAGUCCGGUCCAGGCCAGGCAGGCUUCAGCCAGGCACUCAUUGUCCUCCAACCCCCAGCACACCAGGGCGUCAGUGGGUCACGUGACCAAGACCACAGUCGCACAGAUGGAGAGCGACGAGGAGGACGAGUGGUCGGAGGUCAGCGAGCUGCAGGAGAUUGACCCGAGACAACUCCAGAGUCAAAAAGACCAGAACGGAAAUGUGGACAAGAGAAACUUUGGUAAAGAAAACAAAAUCAAUGACCUGGCCCGAAAAAUGGAGAAGCAGUUUGCAGGGAGAGCGGUGAAGAAACCAGCAGGGGGCGUCAGCAUCUUACCAGAGAGGAAGGACGAGGUCCAGGAGCUCACGUACACGGAUCUAGAGGAGAGCAGUGAGUGGAUGGUCUCUUCCUUAGAGGACAGACAGGAGAUGUCUAAACCAGCUCAGGGCUCUGGACCACUGAGGAAGAGCCUGGACUCACCCAGCACCAGUGUCUGGGGAACCUCCACAGGGAGGGGUCCCAAAUCAGGUCUGACUGAAGCUGGAACAGGAAGCACCCUGAAGAGCAGCCUGUGCUCCCUCAGCGACAUCAGUGACUCCGAGGACAUUAGCAAUAAACACAGUAAACACUACAGCUGAUCAGGUGAUGUAGCUUUACGCCAAGCACACACACAAAGACCUCAGUGAACUCCUCUGACAUCCACAGUCCACGCCAAACAGCCAUAUUUUAUACUCGCUAUAAUACAGGAAGAGCAAUACUUUAACAAAAGGGUUACAAAAUAGUUUUUGUGUAGAAAAGAAGACCAUCUAAUGAAUGAGUUAGAGAUAAACCAGCGGUCUCACAUUAUGCCUUGUGCCAAUUCUUCGCUUGCCUUAGACUUUUUAAGUGUUGAACCUGAAAUAGAUUCUGUUUUGUAUUUUCAAUGAAAUAUAACCCGCACUCUAAAUGAGACGCCGUAUGUAGCUUGUGUAAGAUUUUGUACAUCAAAUUUUAUAAUUCCUUCAUGUGUUAAACGGAGCAACGAGAUGUGAUUUUUGUAUAGAAAAUAUUUAUACAAGCAAUAAAAGAUUUCUCUGUG